CUUACAAGCAUUGUGUAAAUUGUCAUUGGUAAAAUUCAAGACCUUUUCAAAUAGCUUUGUUGUCAGUUUCCAAAAAUGUCGCAACCGGUCGCAUCCAAGGCUCGUGUUAUCAAGAUCCUGAAUCGCAUUGGAGCCCAUGGAAUUUUAACCGAAGUACGGGUGCAGCUGGUGGAUCAGCCCAGGAUGCAAUUUAUGCGCACUGUCAAGGAACCCGUGCGUCUGGGAGAUAUAGUCGAUUUUGAGGAUACCGAAUUGACAUGGCAGUCCUCGAGCAGCAGCAACAGCAACUUUGGAGAUAACAAACUAUAACAAGUUAUGAAUAAUUAAUAACUUAUUUGCUGUGCCUUGACUUAAAUAAAGUAUAAUACAGGGGGAAAUUUAAUUUGCCCUAUAGGUUAUCCUGGCGAGCUUAAUAAAUUAUAUGUUGUGAAUCAAAAUAACAACUAUAACUUUGAUAAAUAAAAAUGUUUUAGUUAUUAACCUAA